AUGGAAAACUUCAUAACUACCCAAGCUCAAACCAACCUUCAAACUAGUGAGCAAAUUAAGCAAAUAACAAGCAAGUUAGAUGUCUUGACCACUCACAAUAAGAUGUUAGAAACACAAAUCGCACAAGUGGCACAACAACAAGCAUCUACCUCUGCUCCUGCUGGCAUAUUUCCUGGCCAGCCUAAGCCAAACCCUAGGGGACAUGUGAAUGCUGUUAUAUUACGAAGUGGGACACAAUACGAUGGACCAGCUGAUCCUAGAACUAAAAAUCAUGCCAUGCAACCCAAUUCCGAUAAGACAACCGAGAAGGAGAGUGAACCAAAAGAAAAGGAGGAUAGUGGAGAGGAAACCAAAGAGAAAGAGAAACCUUACGUUCCUCCCCCACCAUAUAAACCACCCAUCCCGUAUCCUCAAAGAUUAGUACAAUCCAAAAACGUAGGGCAGUUUAAGAAAUUUGUAGAGCUUCUACAAAAACUAAACAUCACAAUACCUUUUACGGAAGCUAUCACACAAAUGCCCUCGUACGCUAAGUUUCUUAAAGAUAUCUUAACUAAUAAGAAAAAGAUCGAGGAAGAAGAAACCGUUAUGCUUACUGCCGAGUGUAGCUCCAUACUUCAAAAUAAUAUGCCUCCUAAGCUAAAAGACCCAGGAAGUUUUUCCAUACCAUGUGUCAUUGGAAAACAUGUCAUAGAUAGAGCACUAUGCGAUUUAGGAGCCAGUAUAAGCUUAAUGCCUAUGCCCAUAUAUGAAAAACUUAAGUUAGGAGAAUUGAGACCAACUAAAAUGUCAAUACAAUUCGCUGACCGUUCUGUCAAAUACCCCCUAGGUAUACUAGAAAACGUGCCAGUACGUAUAGGUCAAUUCUUUAUCCCAACUGAUUUUAUAGUCAUGGACAUUAGGGAAGAUUCCAAUACACCCAUAAUUUUAGGAAGGCCAUUCUUAGCAACCGCCGGUGCCAUAAUAGAUGUGAAAAAAGGAAAGCUCACCUUUGAAGUAGGUGAAGAAAAAGUUGAAUUUAUCUUAACACAAUUCAUGAACGCAUCGGCCAUUGAAGAUAGUUGCUAUAUGUUAGACGUCGUCAAAGAAUGUGGAAAAGAGAUGGAGAAAGAUAAAACCAAAAAUUCUGAAAUUCUAAAAACUCUCAUCCCUCCGACUCAUAAAAAUGGUAAUGACGACCUAGCUAAAUGUUUAAAGAAAAGCUCUUGCUAUAGACUCGACAUAGCUGAAUCAAAGGUCGAUAACCCACCCUUUAAACGAGUACCUCCCGACAUACUAAAAGCCCACCCAGAAAGUAAUAUCUUCCAAAAUAAAACAUCUCCGUUUGCCUCCAAGAAAAAGAAAAGAAAAAAGAAAACACCUAUGAGAUGGUUUGACAUGUUCAAAUGGAGACCUAAGGAUGUUGGACAUAAUUUUAAGGACGCGAGUUUGGAAGAGGCACCAUACUAA